AUGGAGAAGGCCGCCCAUAAAAGCAAAAAAGGCAAAAACGUUGGCUUCAAUGUCAAGUCAUCCAUACACAACUUGAGCAAAACUCAGCAGACCAAACUCACUGUGGGCAACCUGGGCUUAGGCCUGAUCAUCAUCCAGAAUGGGCCCUACCUCCAGAUCACCCACCUCAUCAGGACGGGGGCUGCAGCCACGGAUGGAAAACUCCAGCCAGGUGAUGUUCUGAUUAGUGUUGGCCAUGCCAAUGUGUUAGGAUAUACUCUUCGAGAAUUUUUAAAACUUUUGCAACACAUCACCAUAGGAACAGUGCUACAAAUCAAGAUUUACCGAGAUUUUAUUGACAUACCCCAAGAAUGGCAAGAAAUAUAUGAUUUAAUCCCUGAGACCAAAUUCCCGGUAACACGCACAACAAAGAAAACUGAGCAGGCAAAAGACCCUUUGGCAAGCAGUGAUGACAGUGAAGAUGUAGUUUCAGAUAAAAAACUUAAGUAUUAUAAAUAUUCAAGGUCCAGUGGGCAUCACUCUGCAAGGAGACCAAUGUCUAUCUCCAGAGAAUGGCAUGGCUACAAAAAGAAGAACCGUACUAUUAGUGUAGGAAAAGGCAUUAAUGCUGAUGUGGUGAUUCACAGAGAUCCCAAGAGAGAAGUGAGGCCCCCUUCUCCAUACUGGACAAUGGUGAAGCGAGACAACCAAAGCUCUUCCUCAUCCACAGCCUCCUCUACCUCAGAUGCAUUUUGGCUAGAAGACUUUGCCCAAGUUGAAAAGGGCAGGGGUCAACCUGUAUCAAAAGUUGCUUAGGCAGCAGUAUGCAAACUGGUGAUCACAUGAGCAUCUAAUUUUUGUGCAUUGCUAUGCACAGGUUUGCUAUACUUACAGGAGGAGUAUGUGCAGACUUACCCAUUCUUUCACAAGUGCAUUCUGAUGCCGUCAGAGACAUUCUUCAAUGUGAUAAUCCAAAGACUUCCCUGGGGUCAGACAGGCCUCACCACCUUAUUCUCAAAAUAGCAACAUCAUUAACACACUCCCUUCUGAGAAGAACAUCUCAUCUUUUACAAAAUGCGGCAGAGGAACCCAGGACCAGAAUGUAUGAACAUAGAGAGAAUUUCAAUUUUUAAGGUGGAGCUGUUGGGGAGAAGAUGGUGGAGACCUCUACAAUGCAAGAGGAGUUGACAUUUUUCAUGUGGAAAAAACUGGGAAAACCCACUGAUUGUGGAUUUGUUCUGUAGUUCAUAUAUUUGUUAGGCAUAGUAGAGAGUACAAAAAGGUAUAAGAUAUGGUCCUGGCCCUUAAAACAAUUCAGUCUCACAAUAAUAUAUGUGAAAAAAAAAAAAAAAAAGCAAUAGCAGAAUGUCUCCUGCUGAGAAGAUGAACAAAAAUCCUGAGAUCCUGGAUCGUGCGGGAUUGGCACGACAGUUUAUUUCUCAGGAGGAGAACAAACACCGAACUCAACUAUUAGGUUGAAUCACAUGAAAUUACCAAUAAUUCAACUCUUCUUGACCUCUAAGAAUUUAAAAUGGUUUAACCUAUUGGUAAUUUAGUUGAAUGAGGAAGAUACAUACACCCCAAGUUGAUGAGCCAUUUACAGACGUGAUGGUAAUGAGCCCUCCUACCUCCACACCAGGUGGACAGGCACCAAACAGCAGGACAGUGACAUAUAUAGCCCAAGGGAACUUAUGCAUUCCUUCUGAAAUUGGGUCGAGGUCAAAUUGUUUGAUGUUAAAUCAUAAGUUUUCAUUUGCUUACAU